AUGUUCAUCUUCUCAAGAGUUCAAGUUAUGUACAUAAUUUUCUCAUUUUUUCUUUUUUCUGAAAAUUAUUUUAUAAGAUCAGCAAUUUUUAAGAAUCUAAUAAUGUGUAAUAUGUAUUAUAGCGAGCUAGGAAUUUGUACCAAAGACUAUUUUCCAGUCUGUGGAACCAAUGGCCGUACUUAUUUCAACAGAUGCCUCUUCUGUUAUUCAUACAAAAAAAAUUAUGGUAAGUUUACUUUGGCACAUUAUGGGAAAUGCUGA